GGAGGCUGGGGGAGUAGGUUGGAGCGGGAAGGGGGCUCUUAGGUCCGGGGCUUUGGGGCGUGAGUCAUGGGGCUUGGGCCAUUGGGGCAACCCGGUGCCUGAGCCCGCUGUGACCGCAGAGUUGCACCGGAUAAGGGUUUUCGAACUGUCCAUUGCGCUGAGUGACCCACGCGUGCAGCAUCUUCGGUCGGAGUCAGGACAUCUCAGUAGUUCCUUAAGCGGUGGGUUGGUAAAAUUCUUGAAGGAAUAUUUGCUGUGACUCUGCAGCUGGUGCAAAGGAGGAAGGGGAUGGGGGAAGGAAGUGGUGGGGGGGAGGAGUGGUGGUUUAAAAAAUGAGCCAAGCCAGAGAGAGAGAGAGACUCAGACGCAGAGGCUGAGGUCGAGCGCAGGCCGAAAGCUGUUCACGGUUUUCUAGACUUCUGGGAACGUGGUGGGAUUUCCUUUCUGCGCUGGGUCGGGAGUUGUAAAACCUCAGUGACAUUAAGACCUGAAAAAUGUGAUGCGCCCUGUCGGUGGUGACGCCUCUUUUUGAAUCCACCCUGAACGGAGCCAUUCCGUAGUGCCAUCCCGAGCAACGCACUGCCGCAGCUCAUCUGAGCCUUUCCAGCAAGCCUGUUCAAGAUUGGCUGUCAAGAAUCAUGGACUGUUAUUAUAUGCCUUGUUUUCUGUCAAGACACCAUGAUUCCUGGUAACCGAAUGCUGAUGGUCGUUUUAUUAUGCCAAGUCCUGCUAGGAGGCGCGAGCCAUGCUAGUUUGAUACCUGAGACGGGGAAGAAAAAAGUCGCCGAGAUUCAGGGCCACGCGGGAGGACGCCGCUCAGGGCAGAGCCAUGAGCUCCUGCGGGACUUCGAGGCGACACUUCUGCAGAUGUUUGGGCUGCGCCGCCGGCCGCAGCCUAGUAAGAGCGCCGUCAUCCCCGAUUACAUGCGGGAUCUUUACCGGCUCCAGUCUGGGGAGGAGGAGGAGGAAGAGCAGAUCCACAGCAUUGGUCUGGAGUACCCUGAGCGCCCCGCUAGCCGGGCCAACACCGUGAGGAGCUUCCACCACGAAGAACAUCUGGAGAACAUCCCAGGGAACAGCGAAAACUCUGCUUUUCGUUUUCUCUUUAACCUCAGCAGCAUCCCAGAGAACGAGGUGAUCUCCUCUGCAGAGCUUCGGCUCUUCCGGGAGCAGGUGGACCAGGGCCCUGACUGGGAGCAGGGCUUCCACCGUAUAAACAUUUAUGAGGUUAUGAAGCCCCCGGCAGAAGUGGUGCCUGGGCACCUCAUCACACGACUACUGGACACAAGACUGGUCCACCACAAUGUGACACGGUGGGAAACCUUUGAUGUGAGCCCUGCGGUCCUUCGCUGGACCCGGGAGAAGCAGCCAAACUAUGGGCUGGCCAUCGAGGUGACUCACCUCUAUCAGACACGGACCCACCAGGGCCAGCAUGUCAGGAUUAGCCGAUCGUUACCUCAAGGGAGUGGGAAUUGGGCCCAACUCCGGCCCCUCCUAGUCACCUUUGGCCAUGAUGGCCGGGGCCAUGCCUUGACCCGUCGCAGGAGGGUCAAGCGGAGCCCUAAGCAUCACCCACAGCGGGCCCGGAAGAAGAAUAAGAACUGCCGGCGCCAUUCGCUCUAUGUGGACUUCAGUGACGUGGGCUGGAAUGAUUGGAUUGUGGCCCCACCAGGCUACCAAGCCUUCUACUGCCAUGGGGACUGUCCCUUUCCACUGGCUGACCACCUCAACUCAACCAACCACGCCAUUGUGCAGACCCUGGUCAACUCUGUCAAUUCCAGCAUCCCCAAAGCCUGUUGUGUGCCCACCGAAUUGAGUGCCAUCUCCAUGCUGUACCUGGAUGAGUAUGACAAGGUGGUACUGAAAAAUUAUCAGGAGAUGGUGGUAGAGGGAUGUGGGUGCCGCUGAGAUCAGGCAGUCCUUGGGGACACAUGCGUGCGUGCGCACGCACACACACACACACACACAGACAUUCCCAUCCACUGACACACACUACACAGACUGCUUCCUUAUA